UUUUGACAUUUUAUAAGCUUUUGCGUUCUCUAGUUCAGGUUGAUUUUGGCUUUUUCAGGACAACCUGCGGUUCCUCGUAGUUCAGCAAUAUUUAAAAUAAUUGUGCGUUAAUCUGGCUAAAACUACCCAAGAAAAGCAGAGAUGUAUUUUUCUUUGCAUUUAGAGUGAAACCAAACCAAAUGACCACGGAUAUGUUUGUAAUCUCUAAGCUCCUUUUGUCUGAACAAUUGUUUGACAAAUGAUUUUUCCGGGUAUUGCGGCUCAACUCUCUCAGGCUCAAAUGAAGUUCUGAUAAAAGGACGAACAACUAAGUACUUCAGGGGUACUUCUGAGUUAAAAUGCUCCUGAAAUACGUAGGUAGGUAGGUUUUAACGUUGCAGAUGUGCAACACCUGCCUCCAGAGGGUUAAAUGUGAAUGUUUUUUGCUAAAGCUGCUCAGACAUGACCUAUAUUCUUUCGUCAGAAAGGUUUAUGGCAGAUCCAUAUGGUGUCGCGUAAAAUCGAAUUACCGAUUGCUAUCAUGCAAGCCUGCUUAAUGUUUCCUUACAGUGAAGCCGAUGUAAAGCCCGUUUUUAGGAAAGGGUCCAGGUUAGCUCCCCAGAUCUGGUUAUGUGAUCAUCAGUUUAAGCCCAUAAUCCCUGAUCUAAUCAGGAAUAUUCUAUGUGAGCUCUCAGGAGUUUGCUGAAACGACUCAUCCUGAUGCUUUCAGAUGCAUCGCUCGGAGGGUAGACAGCAGGGUCAACCAUGUCCUUCAGCUGGACUAGAUGUUCUUUGAUCCAGGAAAGAUGUCCUCCAUCAUAAUGAUUCCUCUGCUGCCUCUCCUCAACAUCGUGUCCGGCUCCAGGCUGUGUCCUGACCCCUGCCUGUGCUACGAUUCAUCAGACUUGGUGGACUGCAGGUUUCGUGGGCUGGACCAUGUCCCCCAAGGUGUCCCCCAUGGCACCUGGCUACUGGAUCUCAGUGGGAACAAGGUGAAGGACAUACGCUUCACAUCGUUCGUGGGAUUGUGGUCACUCAAGAUUCUCUGCAUGUCUAACAACAGCAUCCAUGCUGUCCACCCACAGUCUCUGUCAUCCCUUCAGUUCCUGGAGCGGCUGGACCUGAGUUUUAACCGGCUGCGUUGGCUCCCUGAUGACUUCACAAAGAGUCUAUCCUCCCUCCAGGAGCUGCGGUUGGAUCACAACCUGCUGCAGCACAUCGACUCGUCCUCCCUCAGUGACUCAGACAACCUGAAGAAGCUGGACCUGAGUCACAAUCAGAUCCAGACGCUGGACGUCAGAGCCUUCAACAGCCUGUCUCGACUGCGCCUCCUGAACCUGGACGGGAACAAGCUGAAUGUGCUUAGAGAGGGCUUACUGAGCAGACAGCAGAGCCUGGAGGUUCUGCUGCUCAACCACAACAACAUCUCAGAGAUUCAGACUGAAGCUCUCGCUCCACUGCGCAGUUUGACGAUACUCGGUCUCCAGGGAAACCAGCUGGAGCACAUCAAGUUCAAGACCUUCCUGAAGCUCCAAACCAUUAGCACCCACAUGCAGAUGUCCCUCAACCCCUGGGUCUGUGACUGUGACCUGCAGCGCGUCUUUGGUAAGAUCCAGUACGUCCGACACCUGCACGUGGAGGACUACAGGGGGAUCAUCUGCCACGCCCCUCCCCAGCAGGCUGGGAGCCUCUUGGCCUCCAUGGACAGCCAGCUGUGUAUGGCUGAGACGGCCUCGGUGCUCGUCAUCACCAUCACUGUGCUGCUGGCGGUGAUCGGCGCUCUGGUCAAAGCAGAACGCAAUCGUAAGAACAAACAAGCGGCGAGUGAUGCGGAGUCCCAGGAAAAGUGACUGAACUGCUUCAGAGACUGGAUGCUGCUGGAUCAGAGGAACGGCACAAGUCCUGGUCGAUGCUUCAGUUACUGUUCAGCUUCUGGGUUGAUGUGAUGGACCAAUAUCUCAGAAGUCAUCACUGGAUGCUACUAUUAAUUCAUCUGUACAUUAGCUUCAAAACCACGUAACGUCACAGCUGCAACACCUUCGCUUGCCUUUUGUUCCUUGUUAAUU